GUACGAAAUUCAAGAGCAAGAAACCCAAGCUCAACUCAGGUAUCCCAGAAGUUGUGGACGCAGAUAUGCUCGAGGUCGACAGCGACGGAGAGUUUUGCCAGGACGACUACGUCCGCCAGCUCGCAGCCGAUGUCCUCUCCCAGAAGAUGGCCGAGCGCCGCGACGAGCUCAUCAAGGACCUCACCAACCUCGUCUCCACGACGGUUUCUGACCAGGUCAAGGAUUUUGCUUCUCAGCUUGCUGACCAUGCUGUUGCUGCUGGGAAGCUGGCAGAAGGGGCGCAACAACUUCCCGACAUGGCCCGAGACGCCUCGGAAAAGUUCUGCUCGGGGAAGCUCGACGUCUUCCAGCGAAGGUUCCAGGGGCAGCGCGGGGGCCACAAUAUCAAGCUCCGUGCAUUUGAGAGCCGUCUCGACGAGCAGGUCGGAGUCGAGGCCGAGUUCUUCACCAUCGCAGCCGCCGAGGACGUCGCCCGCCACUUCGCGAUCCUGUUCGCUGGCGCAGUCGGCCCCGCUGCUCGGCGCGUCACGCAGGCCCUCGGCGCGCAGAGGAUUGCCGAUGGCCAGUGGAGGCGCUUCGAGAUCAAGCUCGAGAUCAAAGGGCGCAAGCUCCGCGGUGCCUCCCGCAACGUCGACAGUUCCAAGCGGUGGUUCUUCGACCGCGAACCAGGCUACAUCGUGGCUGGUUGGGGCCCCGCGCUGCGCAUCAUGCGGAACCCCGGCAACAUCGCCUCCGAGAUCGCGUGGGCUGGCGACAUUGCUCAGACACUCGGCCUCCCCAAAGAGCGCUUCGCAGGAGCAGCCGAGUCGAUCAUCGCGCCGCCAGAGCUCGCCUACCUCGUGCGCCUGGACUUCGCCCGCGGUGCGGUGGCCCUCCAGGAGGUGCACCAGGGCGAGGUGCAGCUGGCCGGCUUUCUCGCCAAGGGAACGCCGCUCGCCCGC